AUGCAGGGUCGCACAGAACUGUGUUUUGAUGUUGGCGAGGCAGCACGAGCGAUUGAAAAUUAUAAACCUGAUACUGCAUAUUUCGACAUUCAUGCGGCUCUCGCAACUGCACCCAACCGUGCUCCUGGAGAUGUCAAACCCUCGUGGAAAUGGAGGACCGACAUGGGAGGGAGCCAAAUUUCUGGAAACAGAGCUUGGUCAACUGUGGUCAAUACAAUCAAUGCUUUGGGAUGGGCGUUGGACCCGAUGUUUAUACUUAAAGGAAAGACAGUUCCUUCGUAUGAGGAUAAAAUUGACCUGCCUUCUACUUGGAUUGUGAAGAGUAGCCCAAAUGGAUGGACAGACAAUGAGCUUGGAUUGUUUUGGAUUAAGGAGGUUUUUGACAAGCAAACUCGGCCUCGUACGAAGGGUCAAUAUCGAUUACUUAUAAUGGACGGUCAUGGAAGUCAUGCUACUCCAGAAUUGGAUACCUUUUGCAUGGAGAAUCAGAUUAUUCUUCUUUAUAUGCCUCCUCACUCCUCACAUCCCUUACAGCCAUUGGAUGUGAGUUGUUUUGGCCCUUUGAAGCAAUCAUACGGACAAAAGGUUGAGAAUCAAAUACAAUGUGGAAUCAAUCAUGUGGACAAGCUUGAUUUUCUGCGUUUAUAUAGUGAAGCUCAUUUUGUCACCUUUACUGAGCAAACUAUACAAAGUGGAUUCAAAGCUACUGGGUUGAUUCCGUACAAUCCUCAAGCAGUCUUAUCAAAACUGCAAAUGUCUACCCCUUCUCCUCCUACCACUUCACAUGGCUCUGAAAGCUCCUGGACUCCAAAAACACCUCAGAAUAUUGCCAAGGCACAAAGACAAUCAGCAAGGUUUCGAAACCGAAUUAAGAAUCGUACGGAGCCUCUUUCAAGUCCAACCAAUCAAUUCCUGGACAAGAUCUUUCUUAACUAUGAAAAAACCAUAGUUCAGAAUGUCUUACUCACACAAGACAACAUGGAGUUAAAGGCUGCCAAUGCAAAACAGCAGAGGAAGAGAAAAAGCACAUAUAUUCCCCAUGGAGGUGCGGCUAGGCGCGUACGAAGGGAAGAAGAUUCUAUACCAGAAGGCAAUGGCGAUUUGAACCAGGAAACCAAUGGGAACUUCGUACGAAGGAAUGGCGAUGAUUCUUUACAGAUGGCUAAUGGAGAAUAUGCACAGGAGGCUGAUAAUAAACCUGGCUCUUGGGCAGGCAGGCUAGCAAUCAUCAACGCUUUCUUUACAUGGCGAGGUAUUCAACCUCUAGAAGAUUACUAUACACAUAUAUGCAGUGAUCCUCGCUCUUCUCGGUUAUAUCUCGUUCUCGAUCUCUACUGCAAAACGCAUCCAAAUGUCGAUCUUAACAAGUUAGACCUCGAAGUCUUCAAAGUCUCAGGAAUUGAUUCAUUUACAUUUAAGGAUCUCGGAGAGGUAGCUCGCAAGCAGGUUCACCAGCGAUCUGCUUCUCUGGAUUGGGGGGAAGGCAGCCACUCUAGUCAGAGGAAUUAG